AUGGCUGAUCAAAAACGCCCUCGUGAAGAGGACCUUCCGAAAUUUGACGAUCCUACAGACCUAAUCAAUGCUGUCAUUUCGACAUUGCAAGCUCCAGAAGAAAGAACAAAUGUUUCCACAACCUAUGCCAAUGACAAGAACUUGGCAACCGAGGUACAGGCAUAUGCCAAAAUUGCUGGUCGUGACUGGACUUUCUACGUGAAAGCUUUGGCCAUAUCCAUAGGCAGAAAUACGGAUAAUAUCCCUGGAGCUGCCCCUCCAGCACAACAAGUGGAUAUCGACUUGGGUCCAGCCAAAGUUGUUUCGCGUCAACAUGCUGUCAUCACCUACAACAUUGAUUUGCGAUGUUGGGAGUUGAAAGUGUUAGGCCGCAACGGUGCCCGUGUAGAUGGAACAAAAAUCGCCGUUGGAUCCCAGCAUUCUACGCCUUUACAUUCGGGUGCAAUUUUGGACAUUGGUGGAACACAAAUGAUGUUUAUUUUGCCAGACGCUCCUCCAAGUAUACUGCAAAAGAUGCUCAACGUAUGUUUAGCACGCUAUAAACCUGAUUCGAAUAAGCUCUCUCGAACAAGCUCCAUGAGCAGUGCUAGUGGAGUCAUGAGUAACAAUGCUUCUCAUGGAAUGAGCCAAUUUUCGAGCAUAUCUAGCUUCCAAAUGUUCGACAAGACGAACUUGAACCAUUCCCCUUCUGCUGUAUCCGCCGUUUCUCUACAGAAUAAUUUGGAUCAAGACCUUUCUAGGGAAGAUGCAAAAGACAUCAAGCCUCCUUACUCAUACGCUACCAUGAUCACCCAAGCUAUCUUAUCAAAUCCUGAAGGUGUCAUGUCCCUUUCCGAAAUUUAUGGAUGGAUCUCAUCUCAUUAUGCAUAUUACAAAUACUCCAAGACCGGCUGGCAAAAUUCUAUUAGACAUAACUUGUCUCUCAACAAAGCCUUUGAGAAAGUGCCCAGACGCCCUAAUGAGCCAGGAAAAGGUAUGAAAUGGCAAAUUAGCGAUUCUUACAAACAGGAUUUCAUGAAAAAAAUCCAAAGUGGAACGUUGCUGAAAUCUAGGCGUGGUUCAUCCGUAUCCAGAACCCUACAAAUUCAUUUGGCUACACAUUCUCAACUUCCAGACUCUCAAAAUUACUUCAAAAGUGAAGACCAUUCUCGGAGCAAUUCCUUUGAUCAUCGUCAUGCGAUGUCCAUCGAUCAAAUUCCUAACGCUUCUCAAAAAGCACCAUUGCCAUACGUGGGUCUUCCACCUGGUCAGCCACAAGCGUCUGUUUCUAAUGGGUACCCAAUUCCUUAUGGAACUCCCUAUCAAGCUACUGGUGCACCCCCUUCAAUGCAUGGACAGGCAUCUCAGCCUUUGCACCUCAAUCCCCCUUAUAUUCCAACUCAUGGAGAAAAGACAACAGAGUUAGCAUCUCCAUUGAGGCAUACGAGGCUAGACCAGAACUUGCCUAAACUACCCAAAGUUAAUGGAAACAGUUAUUAUAGUCUUCCACAGCCUACAUCUAACGGUCAUCACGUACCCACAUCGAGCAUGGUCCCUGAUGUAAAUAUUUACAAGCCCAACACCCAACAUACGCAAGAUCUGGAAGCCGAUCAUGGUGGCCCCGUUUCCUUUUCUAACUCGUCCAAUCCUACAAAUACAAGUGAAUCAAUGCAGAAUUCGACAGCACCUACUGCAACGAAUACAUCUGACCUAGCGCUUGGUUUCACAUCUCCGAAGAAAAUAGCUCCACUUGAGGCGUUCACUCCAGAACGCGGGUCGAAAGUAUCAGGACAACGGGGUAGAGGAUUUAAUGGCAAUGCUCAACAGUCUUCUCCAGCAUUAUGGAACUUUGUUCAAUUCAGUACUCCGAACGGGCAGACCCCAGGUAGAAAGGACAGCGAGUUCAGUAACGGACAGACAAGCCCUACUUUCAGUAAGGGUGGCAAUUCCAUCAAGAGAAGUAUCGAAGAAAAUGAUUCCCCAACAAACGUUUCUCCGCAACGCGACAAUCUGUCAGAAUAG